GACACGUUUUGAUGUAGUAAAAGAAGGUUCGCGCAUCGGCGUCAUUAUUCAUUCAAACGGUAGACGGCAUUAAUUUAAGGUUUCAAGUAAUGUUUGAGGUGCCGGUUUUAGUUUAAAAUUUGUGUAUAUCUACAAAAGUAUUUAUUAGAUGCUAUUUGAAAUGAAACAUUUAAUUCUACUUGUUUUCGGCGUGCUAUUUCUAACAGGAUGGUCAGCUGGGCAAGAAGCUGGGUUGGGAGUGGGCACUGUGGAAGAGGUGACUGUAGAUGCUGACCUUGGUGCAUCCCGGGAAGCCUCAAGAACUGACGCGGAGGCCGUGACCCGCGAAGAGGAAGCGAUCAAUCCCGACGGGCUGAGUGUGGCGCAGCAGCGCGAAGUGCGCGAGCGAGCCCAAAAGUUCACGUUCCAGACGGAGGUGAACCGCAUGAUGAAGCUCAUCAUCAACUCGCUGUACCGCAACAAGGAGAUCUUCCUGCGGGAGCUCAUAUCGAACGGCUCCGACGCGUUGGACAAGAUUCGGCUGUUGUCGCUGACCAAUCGCGACGUGCUCGACGCCACGUCGGACCUCAGCAUACGCAUCAAGGCGGACCCGGAGCGGCGCAUGCUACACAUCAUCGACACGGGCCUGGGCAUGACCAAGAACGACCUCGUCAACAACCUCGGGACUAUCGCCAAGUCGGGCACCGCCGACUUUCUAUCCAAGAUGCAGGACCCUGAGAAGAGCGGCAACCAGGACACGAACGACAUGAUCGGACAGUUCGGCGUGGGCUUCUACUCGGCCUUCCUCGUGGCCGACCGCGUCACCGUGGUCUCGAAGCACAACGACGACGCGCAGCACGUGUGGGACUCCGACGCCUCCUCGUUCAGCGUGGCCGAGGACCCUCGCGGGAACACGCUCAAGCGCGGCACUCACAUCACGCUGCACCUCAAGGAGGAGGCCGCCGACUACCUCCAACCCGACACCAUCCGCGCGCUCGUCAAGAAGUACUCUCAGUUCAUCAACUUCCCCAUCUACCUCUGGGCGUCGCGCACCGAGAGCUACGAGCUGCCGGCCGAAGACGAACCCUCCUCCGACGACGACGCCGACGCGGACGCGCGCGUCGAGGACGCGGCCGACGCGGAGCCCGAGCGCGAGGCGAAGCGCGCCGAGCGCACCGUGUGGGACUGGGAGCUCAUGAACGACAACAAGCCCAUUUGGACGCGCAAGCCGACCGAGGUGCGCGACGACGAGUACACGCAGUUCUACAAGACGCUCACCAAGGACACGGCGGCGCCGCUGGCGCGCGCGCACUUCGUGGCCGAGGGCGAGGUCACCUUCCGCGCGCUGCUGUUCGUGCCGCGCGUGCAGCCGGCCGACAGCUUCAACCGCUACGGCACCAAGACCGACCACAUCAAGCUCUACGUGCGCCGCGUCUUCAUCACCGACGAGUUCAACGAGCUGAUGCCCAACUACCUGGCCUUCGUGCAGGGCAUCGUCGACUCGGACGACCUUCCGCUCAACGUGUCGCGCGAGACGCUGCAGCAGCACAAGCUCGUCAAGAUCAUCAAGAAGAAGCUCGUGCGCAAGGUGCUCGACAUGCUCAAGAAGAUCCCGGACGACGAGUACGAGCACUUCUGGAAGGAGUACUCGACCAACGUCAAGCUCGGCGUCAUCGAGGACCCCUCCAACCGCUCGCGUCUCGCCAAGCUGCUGCGCUUCCACUCCUCGCGCGGCGAAGACAUGACCUUCCUCGCCGACUACGUGGCGCGCAUGAAGCCCGCCCAGAAGCACAUCUACUACAUCGCCGGCACCGGCCGCGCCGAGGUGGAGCGCUCGCCCUUCGCGGAGCGUCUCGUGCGCCGCGGCUUCGAGGUGCUCUACCUCACCGAGCCCGUCGACGAGUACUGUCUGUCCUCGCUGCCCGAGUUCGACGGCCAUAAGUUCCAGAACAUCGCCAAGGAGGUGUUCGACCUCGACGACGGCGAGGCCGAGAGGGAGGCGCUGGAGGCCGCGCGGGCGCGCUUCGAGCCCCUCACCAAGUGGCUCGGGGAGAAGCUCGGCGCGCACAUCACUCGCGCCGCCGUCUCGCGACGCCUGGCGCGCUCGCCGGUGGCCCUCGUGGCGACCGCCUUCGGCUGGACCGGCAACAUGGAGCGCCUGGCCAUGUCCAACGCGCACCAAAAGGCCGACGACGCGCAGCGCAAGCACCAGCUGUCGCAGAAGAAGUCGCUCGAGAUAAACCCGCGCCACCCUGUGGUGCUGGAGCUGCUGCGCCGCGUCGUCGACGACCCCGACGACGCGCUCGCGCUCGACACGGCGCGCACGCUCCUGCGCACGGCCGCCCUGCGCUCCGGCUACCUGCUGCAGGAGGGGCAGGCCAUCGAGUUCGCCGACUCCGUCGACGCCAUGCUGCAGCGCGCGCUGGGCCUGCCGCCGGACGCGCAGCCCGAGCUCGACGAGCCCGAGGAGCCCUCGGCCGACGACGAGCGUCCGGACGCCGGGCCCGAGGACGAGCACGACGAGCUGUAGACUGCAUUUUUGUGUGAACGAGGAGAGCGAACGUCGAAUACUAUUAGGUAGAAGUUGACGUCGGUUCGUCGACGGCAGUCGCAAUAGAUCAACCGAGAAAUUGUCUAAACGGGCAGCAGCGGCCCGGCCGAUCGGCUCAGCUUGGCGCGGUUGUAGAGCAGGACGCCCAGCACGGCGAGCGUCAUGCCCGCCACGUUCAGCGGAGGCGCCGGGUUGCGGAGCACCGCCAGCGACGCCAGCACGACCACGGCGCGUUUCGCGGCCGACGCCACGGCGUAGGCUAACGGUGUGACGCGCGCCAGAACGCUGAAGGCGGCCACGGCCUGCAGCCACGCCAGCACGCCGUCCGCCGCCAGCAGCGCUCCCGCCCGCGCGCUCGUUCCUGCGCCCGUCCGGCGCCACGAGGCCACUUCGCCGCCCUCGCUCAGAGCCCACAUCGGCGCCAGCGCCAACAUAGCGAGUGCGCUAAGUGCCUGCAGUAGCCGGAGCGGGUGCGCUCGCGAUCCCUGCAUGACGCGCUUCGUCAGCAGGUGCUGCAGGCUGAGCAGCGCGGCGGCGGCCAGGGCGGCGGCGAGGCCGGCGGUCUGGAAGUGCAGCUCCGUGGCGGAGGCCAGCGCCACGCCGGCGGCGAUCACCACCAGUGCCGCCUGGACGCUGCGAGACUGACGCUCGCCGAAUAUAACCCACGCUAGAGCCGCCGUCCACAAUGGCGUUGUCGCUUUCACUGUGUCAAAUUCUUUUACAUUAAAUAAAUAAAUACACCGGAGUAGGAUACCGCGCUCUCAGACAUAUA